CGCUCCUAGUGACGUGACGUUGCAUGCGCAUAGUGACAGAACAAGGUCUAGCCCCACCCCUCUUUCCUGAACAGUUUGUCAACAGAGCAUGCAAGUGCAAGUGAGAAGAAGGUACGAAAGUUGAAAGUAUGGCUCAAAAAUAUACCCCUCAUCAAGAGCUAAGCGAAAUUUGCACUGAGCUAUGGAAGCUGGAUGAAAAUAGGCUCACACCAGGAAAAGAUUACAGCAUUAAUCUACAAGGAGGGACCAAGAGUUACUGGCGUGAUGACAAAGCAAAGGAGCCAUUGUUUACGAGUGUGAAUGACGACGUCUUGAGAAAGCCGACCUUCAGUAGGUUCAUUGCUCUGUUGGACAACUAUGAGACGAGUACUGGAUUGAGCGAGACAGUCACACAGGAGGAGGUCAAGGAGAACCAGCUAUUCAUUGACAGUAUCUGUGAGACUAAGGUUAUGAAACGAGCUCAUGAGUAUCUGGUCUCUAAAAGAAAGUCUGAGCGAGACAUUUGGAAGUUCAAGCAUCAGCUCUACAACCUUUGGUUCAAAUUGUACCGUCGUACAAGAGGCAGCCGAGCUCUGGAUUCGUCCGGUUUUGAGCACGUUUUUGUGGGAGAGACUCGAGACAAAGGUGACGUUAUAGGCUUCCAUAACUGGAUUCAGUUCUAUCUCCAGGAGAAAGCUGGAAAUGUGGACUAUCAAGGUUACAUCCUUGGGAAGAGGCCUGAGCUACGUGAAAGUUCACAUCUUAUCACUAUCAAGUUCAAAUGGAACAGAGAGGUGAAACCGAUGGGAUCUACAUUUGUUGGUACUAGCCCUGAGUUUGAGGUGGCCCUCUACACCAUCUGCUUCCUCUGUGCACCAGAAACCACCACUGACAUCCAGAUAGAAGACUAUGAGGUGGUGAUUACCUGCUACAAACAUGGAGCCAACCUAGGAACCUCUUUCCCCAAAGAGGCUGCAGAUUAACGCACCACUAAUGUACGUAUAGAGACAAUGAACUGAUAGAUAUACAUGUAACAGGUAGUCUUUACCAAAAUCAAUCUCAAUGCAAUUGCAAGAAUUAUUUGCAAAAAUAUUCAAGUAACAAGAAUUUGAACUGACAAAA